AUGUAGCUGUUGCACCGCAAGAUUUCACGGAAGAACAUCAAGCACCCGCUCGUCUCCAUUUGUGGCACUGUGUCAACGACGGGAAUACCUACCGACCUUUUAGUGACGCGCCGGUGGAAGCCGUUAAAGUUUGCCGCCUCGUCGUGCGCAUGCGCAACGAGAAGGGAAGACCCUAGAUCCUCGCGAAGCCAAGCUCUCUGUCCGCUCCAGGAUCUAGGAUGACCGGCUCCCCCUCACCGCAAACAGCGCAUGCGCAAUAGAGGACGAGUGGGGGCGAGCGUCCACAUACCGCCAGCGCGUCGUCCAGGCCAGCCAAUACCUCGACUCUUCGAGCUUGCUCCACGUAGGAUUCUCGCUACGGGGGGAGAAAAAAGCAGUCAUUUGCUAUUUAAAUACACAGGGAGCCCGGCCCAGUCGGUCAUUUAGAGUCGAGACGCGCAGCUUGGAGUAACGCAGCGUUCAAAACGUUCGACUGUGCGAAUUAAGUUUACGGUGAUUAAGCGGUACGUGUGACAUCGCAGCCAGCAGCGCAUUCUACCGCGUCCGCUAAUUGAAACCCCGACCGAGCAGCGCGCAGCACUUGAAAAUGGCCGAGAGCGGUAUCAAGCGCAACAUUCCCAUCAAGCUGGGCGACUUCAGCGUCAUCGACACGGAGUUCAGCAGCAUCCGCGAGCGCUUCGACGCCGAGAUGAAGAAGAUGGAGGAGGAGAUGACUCGCUUCCGGUCCGAGCUCAUGAACCGCGAGUCUAACUUCUUCACCAAGAGCACCACCAGCGCCCCUCUCACUUACAGCACCACCUCCAGCACCACGUCGAGCAGCCAGGACGGCGGCAAGGGCGAGGUGCGCACCUGGCUCGAAGGGCUCAACUCGCCGCUCAUCCAGCACGAGGGCGACAGCAAGUCCCUGAAGCUGCGCUUCGACGUCAGCCAGUACCAGCCCGAGGAGAUCGUCGUCAAGACCGUGGACAACAAGCUGCUGGUGCACGCGAAACACGAGGAGAAGACGGAGAGCAAGUCCGUGUACCGGGAGUACAACCGGGAGUUCAUGCUGCCCAAGGGCACCAACCCGGAGACCAUCAAGUCGUCCCUGUCCAAGGACGGCGUGCUGACGGUGGAGGCGCCCCUGCCAGCGAUAGAGGGCGAGAAGAUGAUCCCCAUCGCACAGCACUAACCGCGCACGCACACGCACGCGCGCGCGCGCACGGUCCACUCGGCGACAGCCUGGACCUCAAACAUUACUCGAGAGCGUCGCAAGGGAAAAAAAAAAUUCAGUGACCUCUUCUUCACUUUUCCGUAGAGAUGAUUGGAUAGUUAAACAACACCAGGCCAAAUUUAUUUGCAAGCCGAUAUUUUCUAAAAACCCUCCUGGACGCCAAAUGAGAACGCAAGGUUGUUUCAAGUGUUCGCAGUGUGUGCUUGCGUCAUUCGCAGCCAAUGACGUGCACUCGUGGCUGGUCAUCCGGGCUGUCGCGGUGGCAGGGUUUUCAAAUUCGUCACUUCAAAGAAGACCGCCACGUUGAAACACCGAACGCGCCUGCCAAGCCGGGUUUCCAUAUUUAUUACUUUAUAACAAAGGCAGCACUAACAAAAUAAGGAGUUUGUCUUCUCCCCCAGAUAACCUUGCACUGCACACAAAACAUGUAGGUUUGGAUUCAAUAUUUGGGGUAAAAGACAAUAUUGGAAAGAUAAAAGAAAGAAAAAAAAUUGGUUUGCUUGAGGUUUGCCACUUGCAUUGAUGUCACCAGGGUCCUGUGAAAACUUUGCAAUAACUUCACUGAACAUUUACCCCCUAAAUCAACUUAGAUGAUUCACAUUUCACACAUUUAGUGUCAAUCUGCAUGCUAAGCUAGGCAGACUCUAGACACUCCUCGUGUAACUCUGUAACUGGUGAAAAGGAUUGCCUUUGCUGUAGUGUUUGUGGUGGUGUAAAAUGCAGUUACAAAUACUCAUGUCAGAUGUUUCACGCUGUAUGGUUUGUAAAUGUAGUAGUCUGUAAAUGCUUCACUUCCGGACUAAAGGCACAUCGAAGGUAUUUUUACGUUAGGGUGAAGCAGAAAUGCUUGAUGAAAUGUGGCUUGCUGAAUUGUGAUUUACUAUAUACACUUUAGCUGUUAAGCGUAGUACUUUAAUUUGCACUGAAGUUGCUGCAAAGAACGUAAACUUGAUAUUUUUGCCUUUUUGUGUCGUGGACGCUUUUUGUAUCUCUGUAACUGGAAUUAAUUGGCUUGAAUGUGGCCUUGGCAAACAUUGGUUUUCUUUUACAGUUCUUGUUAUUAUUGCUAUAUAUACGUUUAUGAAAAAUAUAAUUAUGUAUUACAUGUUAACAGAAUAAAAUGUCUUGAGAGUUAGACUCAAUUUUAA